AGGGUAGCCCACUUGUUGACACCAGAGGCUCUCGGUGUGCAGAUGGAAAUGGCCAGCGACUCGUCCAGUGUUCUAGACGACUCAGUCUGCAACAGCAGCCCGGAAACAGCCAACAACACUAUGUUUUCUUCAUUGAGCCAACGUUUGCAAAGGGGAAAGGAUGAGCUCUCUGCCUACCUCAAUCGCAAUCAUGUGCAGAGUGCUGGAUUGCAGUCUAAUUUUCGCCGGAGCUUGCCUGUUGAAUCUCCCCUAGAAUCGUACGGCAAGAAAGGGCGCGACUUGCUGCUUUCUGCGCAGAACCUAGUCAGUUUCAUAUCUCCGACCUCGAAAGAAGGGUAUUCUUCCAAGAACGAAGUCUCCUCCUCAGAUCUUAUCCUCCGCAUCGAAAAUUUGGAGACAAGAAAUGCCAGACUUGAAGCUGAAAUUCAAGAGAAGAACAAACUGCUUCAUGAGCAGCGACUUGAUAUAUACAGGAGACGUGAAGAGGAGGAAGACGUGCGAGAAGAUCUCUUGAAGCGAUGUCGCGUCGCUGAGGCUUUGCGAGAUGAAGCUCUCGAUUCUUUUGAUGAAGCAAUAUCGCAAUUGAAAUUUUUGGAAAGGAAGUUCAAAGAUGAAGCUUUGAGAGCGGAUGAAGAAUUGCAGAGGGUACAAGAAGAGUCAGAUAAUCUUUUAAGCUCCAAACAGCUUGCGAUGGAAGCUAUGAAGUCCACCCUACAGCGCGAAAUUGAGGAGUUGAAAUCAAAAUGUGCUGAGCAUAGUCUCACCAUCCAAAAGCUUCAGGACGAGAGCAAGAAGGAGGAGUACGAGAAGCUGCAGAAAUUGAGCGAAGAUCAAGCAAAGCAAAUCGAGUCACUCAGGACCGAAUUGAAGAAGGCUGACAACUUCUAUCUUUCUCGUGCAAAAUUUGAUGCUCGACUUCGCGAGGAGGCGAAGAAAGCCAAUGAAGAGAAAGAGGCCCUUCAGAGCAUGGUUGACUCUCUCAAGGCCAGAGAAAACGAGCAGCAUGGCAUCAUGAAGAAACAGAUAGAAUACAUCUUGGACAGGGUCCAAGGAUCAUUACUCGAUUGUAUCGCCGUGCAAGAUUGCGAUGGCAAGGGAUUAGAGCUGGUCGAGAUGCUUCGUUCGGAAAAUAGCAAGCUCACAGCAGACUUGUCCGCUCUGACUGAUCAGUUGGAGGGAGAAAGACGGGGUCUUCAAGGCGAAGCCUCCAAGAAUAUAUCCAUGAAACGAGAAAUAGAAGCGCUGCGUAGUGAUCAGAGCAAGCUCGUCUUGGAGAAAGAAGCAAUGAGCAACAAGAUCAGCAGUCUUGAGGUGGAAUUCAACGAGCUACGA